GGCACAACGCGAAGAAGUGUCAAAUAUCGUUUAAUUGUCUAUCACAGUGUUGUUUACCGACCAUGUGCAUUGACUGUCAUGCUAUUUGAAACACAUUUCGGUUUGCUAACAAUUCAGUUUGAGCCCAGAUAUUUCAUUGGAAAUGAUUAUUUUAUCGUGGAUUCAAGCCCAAUUUUAAACAUCAAUUUGUUAUUUUAUUCGAAGUGGAAAUAUGGCAAAGAAUCAGUUUAAGAAGCCGAAUCAGCCGACGGACCAUAAAAAAGUUGAUUUGAAGAAGAAAGACAAAUUCGCCACAAAAUUGAAGAGCAAAUUAAAAUCGGCGAUAUUCAAUGAACAGAAUAAGGCGACCGAAAGUUUGAUAACGGAAGCCAAAACACAGAGAUCGCAUGCAAAAUUCAAUAUCCCAAGUGUACCAUCGACAAGUGGAUUUAAGCCGAAGGCUGACCAAAAUGUGCCUAUUAAGCCAAAUAAAAUAGAAAAGAAGUCAAAACCAUUCAAUAAAACUGCUGAAAAUGUUAAAGAAAAUGGCAUACAGAACGGUGGCCAGAAAAAAUUCAGUGGAAAUAGUAAAACCAAUCAGAAAUUAAAGAAUGAUCAACCGACAUCCAACGAAAUAAACAAAAAUUCAUCGGAUAAGGUGGUGAACGAGGCCAAGAAAACGGAACCAUUGCCAGACAAAGUAAAGCAGAAGAAAAAGAAGCAAAAAAAGAAGAAGAAACAGAACUUGACAGAAGGUACUUCAACAGUUCAAGUCACAUCGAAAUCAUGUGAUGGUAAAGACAUUACGGGUAAAACCAAACGAAAGGGUGACGAUGCUAAAGUAACUAACAAAUACUCUGGAAAGAAGCGAUUCAAAACAGUCGCUGGUUUUGUGGAAACAAAUGCCAACGAUGAAGAAGAAACGAAAUUAGUUGAAGAAAAGUUGAAACAAAAGAAGGAAAAGAAAGAGAAGAAGAAAUUAAAUCAGCAGCAGGAAAAUGUAAAUGCACCAAAAAUUAAAGUACACAAUGUUGAGGAUAGCAAUGUCAAUGGAUCGGGUAGCAAUUCAGACAGCGAAGCGGACAGUUAUAUUGACAAAUUCUUUGGUGGUGGCGAUAAUUUCGAUGAGAAUCACAUUUAUUCGCUGGAUGAAAUCGAGGCCGAUCGUCAGAAUGGUUUUUUAUCAAAGGCUUCUGGGGAAGUAACUGAGUCAGACGAAACCGCUUCCUCAGAAGAUACGACACCGAUCAACAAGAAAAACAAGAAAAAUAAGAAGAAGCAAAAGAAGCAGUCGAACGAGACAGCAAAGCUGGAGAAUAGUUCGCCAAAGAAUAAAUUGGUUAGUUACACGCAAGAUGAAGAUGAAGAUGAAGGAGAAUACGAUUUUGAUGAUUAUAUGUGGCCAGAAGAGGAUGAGGAAGAUGGGUACACUGAAAGUGACUAUGAUGACAAUGACAUGAUGUACGGAUCGGAUUCCGAAAUUUCAUUGGGCUCUGAAGCCAUUGAAGUGUCAUCGGAUGAUUCAUACGAGUGCGAGUCCACUGACAUUGAAUCGAUGGAUGAAUACGAAGAUGAUAGUACUUAUGACGGCUACGAAGAGCACAAUUCAGAUUCAUACAGUGAUUGUGGUGAACAUUCAAGCGCCAGCAGUGGCGAUACAUAUGAUGACUUUAUGCACCGUCGACGAUAUGAUGAUGACCAUAGUUCAAGUGACGAUCACGAGUACACGAAUAGCGCUUAUGAUGACAUCCGUAUUGCUCAAGGAACGGCUUCAACUCAUAAAAUUACCGAUAAACGUAUAAAAUUAUUCGAAAAUGACACCGAAUCGCGUAUUAUUGAAGUGCCAAAAAGUGAUUCAGACGAUGAUAGCUGUGUGGAGUUGGUCCCAAUGAGUGUGAACAAAUCCAAAUUCCUGCGAAUGGAGCGUGAGAAAAUGGUUAUCAAAGAAAUACAACAAAAGGAAAAACUAUUGACUGAAGAGCAAAAACGGUUGGCAUAUGAGAAAAGUGUUGAAGACUAUUACAAUAUGGAUAAUUUGAAUAGGAGUAUGUCGUCAUCGGAGGAUAAUAACACUCAAAAUGAUUCGGUGACAUUUUUGAAAUGUUCGAAGAAAUCCAAUCAUUCAUCAUUGGAUUGGCUGGACGACAAUGGGCAACCAUCGAAUGAAGAAGAACUUGACAUCAUUUACCCAAAAGCCAGUUCAAAGAAAGUGGUCGUUGUGUCUAUUCCAGAUCCCAAUGAAGAUAAAUCAAAGCCUAAGAUAAAUCAGACUAGGCCAAAUGUAGUUCAAUCAAACAAAAUGGAGGUCGAAAUGAAUCAGAGCUUUAACGCCUCAGUAAGUUCUAACGAGAAUGGUGUGCUACAAAGUGACACAGAGGAAGAGAUACAGGAAGAUGAAGAAACUUCUCCUGAACCAAUGGAAAUUGCCGAUGCAAGAGAUACCGAGCCCAAAUUCUUUAACUCAGUAAAUUCGCGACAUGUUCUUCUGCUAUUGCGAAAAACACUGCAUUUCCAUGGAAGUUUGCAUGUGAAGCUGAUUGCCGGCAAAGCAACUGCUUCUGGCUACGAGCUCCAGCCCAACAAAACGGUUACAGUACAUUCACCGCGUGGUCAUGGUUUGAUUUGCCUGAUUCCAACAUCAAAUACAGCCGCCGCUCAAACAAAUUUGAAAGCACUCGACCAUUUGAAAGAUGAUUUUUACUUGCAAGACCUCAACUACUUGAAAGAAGUAUUUGACUGUGGCAACGAUGCAAUUCUUUUGUUGGAACGUGAUCAAACCAACAAAGGUGUGAAUAUGAUCGAACGAUACAUGCGCGAAACUGUAUUCCCGAACAUCAACGCAUUUAACAACGAAAGCCCAUUCUAUAGCAGCGAAUUUGUGUUGCGUUGCAAAUUUUUAAAUGAACCAGCCAACGGAUUGGUAUUGAACGAAGAAUGGUUAACAUUAAGUUUGAGAGACGAUUCGAAGCUUAUAACAAUUGGUGGCAAAGGUGUGGGAAAAUCAACAUUCGUUCGACACUUGAUCAAUUCCAAUUUUGAUAAAUUCAAAAAAUUCUUGUUCAUCGACUUGGAUAUCGGGCAACCAGAGCUGUUUGUGCCACAAACAUUGAGCGCAACGGUUGUCACUGAACCAAUUCUCGGGCCCGGCUACUUGCAAAAUGUUAAACCAGCCAAAGCAGUUUUAUUCGGUGAUAUCAACAUUCUGCCCGAUCCCAUUAAAUACUGGCGCUGUGUGGCCGAAAUUCACAAAUUUUGUUCGUCAAACGAAGAAUUUGCGAAAAUUCCUUGGGUCAUCAACACAAUGGGCUACAGUCGUGGUUUUGGCAGUGAACUGAUAGCGUGCAUUUUGAAAAUAUUCAAACCGACCGAUUUGGUUCAGAUCCAAAGUCGAUUAGCCAUGGAGAAUUUUGAUCAAAUCAUGAAGACUGCUGUAGUUAAUGGCUUUAAAUUUAAUGUUUUCAAAAGUGAAAUGAAGCAAAUCAAGGAUAGCUGCAAGUACACAACACACGUGUUCAAUGCAGCCCGAGGCAAAGGCAAUCACAAGCAGGUGGACAUGAAUGCAAAAGACAUUCGAUACACUAUGAUUCUGGCCAAAUUGGGCAACUGCCUGAAAUUCAACUCCGAUUGGCUCACCAGCGUUAAACCAUUCGAGGCGUCGCUCAACGAUUUAAGUGUUCUCGUGACAAGCGGCGAAGAGAUCAAUCCUUCGGAUUAUUUGGAUUUGUUGAACGGUAAUCUAGUCUAUUUGUGUGAGAAACGUGCGGACAAUGAAAAUGACAUCGUUGAUUGCCAUGGAAUAGGUAUUGUUCGAAGUGUUGAUGCAACAACAAAUAAAUUGUAUCUCCUAUCAAUGAUCCCAUUGUCUGAAUUGGUUAGCGUAAAUGUGCUUGCAAUCGGUGCCAUUCCAUUGCCAUCAGCGGUAUUUCUGAAUCAACACAGUCAAAUUCGUGGUGCCGUACCGUAUGUUUACAACUCCGAUAAGUUCGUUGGAUCCAAGCAAGUGGCUCAUCAUAUUUUCCGUGCUGAAAGCAAUCGCAACAAUAAACCCAUCAAACUUAUGGAAGAAUGAGAAGAAUAUUAAUUGUAUCUUGACCAUCAGUUCCUUUUUUUUUGGACAUUAUUGCAUUUUUUGGAAGAAAAUUAAAUAAAAUAAACCACGAUUCAUAUCAAUUUUCAAA